AUGGAGAAAGUCCCUUCGCUCGUUGGGACCUCCGUCGGCAGCCCGUCCAACGAGUCAACGGGCCUGCUGACGCCAGAUGCCAGUCCGUUGUUUCGUCCUUCGCAUGCAAAGGAUACCUUUGCGUCGCGUCUAGCCAAAAUCCUCGAUCAAUCCAAGCCCCGCAAGCCGCAACUCGUCAGGACACAGACAGAUGACUUGGCUGAUACUUUUAACGACUCGGCCAGGCCACAGCCCCGGCACAUCAAGAGAAUAUGCGUGAUUGGCGCUGGAUACGUGGGAGGACCUACCGCUGCGGUAUUGGCCCUAUACAACCCCGAUGUCAGAAUCGAGGUCCUGGAUCGAGACCAGCGCAGAAUAGACAGAUGGCAAUCUGGUCACCUCCCCAUCCACGAACCCGGAUUGAACAACAUUGUUCGGGCGACAAGAGAUGCUACGCUCAGAACUGGACAAGAUUUCCAAGACGCUGAGGAGGCUCGACGGCACCCAAACCUGUUCUUCACCACAAAUAGUCAAGAUAGCAUCUCCAAUGCGGAUAUGGUCCUUCUUGCUGUGAAUACUCCCACGAAAAUGGACGGAGUGGGUGCGGGAAGAGCAACAAAUAUGAGAGCUUUGGAUGGCUCCGUGAACGAUGUGGCCCUUUAUGCCAAACCUGGCACGAUUCUUGUUGAAAAGAGCACAGUGCCUUGCGGAACGGCACAGCGGAUCCGAAAAACACUCGAUUCACUGCGACCCGGUGAGGAAUUCGAAAUCCUGUCAAACCCCGAGUUCUUGGCCGAGGGAACCGCCGUGAAGAACCUGAUGAACCCAGACCGCGUCAUCAUCGGCUCUGCAGAUACCCCAUCAGGUCACCUUGCAGCAGCUUCCCUUGCAAGCCUAUAUGCUGCCUGGAUCCCCACAUCCCAGAUUAUCACAAUCAACGCCUGGUCAUCAGAACUUUGCAAACUGGUGGCAAAUGCAAUGCUGGCUCAAAGAAUCACCAGCAUCAACUCCGUCAGUGCCAUUUGCGAAGCUACGGGAGCCAAUGUGGACGAGGUAGCCAAGUCCAUUGGCCUAGACAAGCGCAUUGGACCCCAGUUCCUGAAAGCUGGUCUUGGGUUCGGAGGCUCCUGCUUCAGAAAAGACAUUGCGAGUCUGACAUACUUGGCCGAGUCGCUAGGUCUGGAUGAAGUGGCCGAGUACUGGGACCAGGUCAACACUUAUAACGAGCUGCAACGAAAGCGCUUCGCAAGGAAAGUGCUCAAACGCUACGAAGGAGAUUUGUCUGGUAAGAAAGUUGCCUUGCUUGGAUUCGCGUUCAAGAAGGACACUGGAGAUGCCCGCGAAUCUCCAGCUGUUGAUGUCAUUAAAACUUUAUACGACGAGCAACCCGCCGAGAUUGCCAUCUUCGACCCUUACUGCAACGAGGAAGACAUUCUGCGGGAAAUCGAACCUUUCAUGACCGCAGACAAUUCCAUGGUCAAAAUCUAUGCCGAUCCUUACCAAGCCUGCUCCGGAGCGAACGCUAUUUUGGUGGUCAACGAAAACGAUCAAUUCAAAGUCACGGCACCGCGUCGUGGAGGAAGUGUAUCUGGUCAGAUCACUCCUCUUGAGAAAUCAUUCGAAGAUGGCAGCAUCGGUAGCGUCUCGGACACGGAGAUGCUUUCACCUGUCAGCCCGCCUGUGUCGCAAACAAAGCCUGAAAAGGACUAUUUGGCCGGCUUUGACAUUAAGCUUGUCACCUCACCCCCGUGUCUGACGGACUGCCCAGAUUGCAAGACGAAGGCCAGAGGUCCCGUCUCUACGGACCCAGUGGAAUGGGCUCGUAUUGUCUACAACAUGAAGGAGCCCAAGUGGGUCUUUGAUGGAAGAGGAAUCCUCGAUGCUCCUCAGCUUGAGGCCUUGGGCGAUGUCAAAGUCGACGCCAUUGGAAAAGCACGUCCAGAAGAUAACAUGUGGUGUUACUAA